ACUCCUAUAUUUCUCUCACUUGUCAUUAUAUUGACACAGAAUGGGUACUACAUAAAAAAUUAUUGAAAUUUUGCAUCAUGCCACUCCCACACACAGGAGCUAAUAUAUGUGAAAUUGCUUCAAAUAUGUUGUUGGAUUGGGGCAUAGAGAAGAAAUUGUUCUCUAUUACAUUAGAUAAUGCCGGUGCUAACCUUUGUUUUAUUGAGCACUUGAAAAAAAGUUUGGUAUUAAAGAAGACAUUGUUGUGUAGUGGUGAGUUUUUUCACAAUAGAUGUUGUGCUCAUAUAUUGAACCUAAUUGUACAAGAUGGUUUGAAGUGCAUUGAUGAAUCUGUACAUUUUGUUCGAUCGAGUGUAGCAUAUGUGAAGGCAUCUCAAGCAAGGAAAGUAAAGUUUCUUGAAUGCUGCAAACAAUUGGAUAUACCAAGUCAGAAAGGGUUGCAUGGGAAUGUUUCCACAAGGUGGAACUCGACUUAUCACAUGCUUGAUUCUGCCAUUGUCUAUCAGACUGCAUUUCAACAACUAGAGUUGGUGGAUAAAAAUUUUAAAGUGUGUCCAAGUAAUGAGGAUUGGAAAAAGAUUGAACACUUAUGUUCCUUUUUGAAGCCUUUUAAUGACAUUACUGAAUUAUUGUCUGGAUCAAAGUACCCAACAGCAAAUUUGUAUUUUCAUAAUGUAUGGAAAAUACAUUUGUCUUUGUUGAAAACGAUAAAUGAGGGAGAAGACUAUGUGAAAAAGAUGGCACAAGAAAUGAAAAAGAAGUUUGAUAAGUAUUGGGACUCAUAUAGCAUCAUUUUAGCUAUUGCUGUUGUAUUUGAUCCUCGUUACAAGCUAAUCUUUGUUAGGUAUGCUUUUGAUAAGAUAUACAGUUUGGAUUCAACAGCAAUGGAAAAGUUUAAUCUUGUGAAAUCGACCUUAGCACGACUCUUUGAAGAGUACCGGUGCAUGGAGAUAACUGAGGAAGAGAGGGGAUUUCAAUCACAUGCUAUUGAGGACAAUACAGUUGGAGAUGUUUUAGAUUGGGAGGAGCUAUCUAUGUAUGAGAGUUCUACUACUACUGUAAUACAAGAUAAAUCCGAAUUAGAUUUAUAUCUAGAAGAGCCAAGGAUUAAAGAUCCGACCAAGCAUUAUGAUGUAUUGGCCUUUUGGAAGUCACAAGGAUCAAAGUAUCGUGAUCUUUCUCGGAUGGCACGGGAUGUGUUGGCUAUUCCGGUAUCAACUGUUGCUUCUGAAUCAGCUUUUAGUGCUGGAGGUAGAGUUAUUGACAAAUACAGAAGUAAGCUAUUGCCUACAAAUGCUGAAGCGUUGAUUUGCCUUCGAGAUUGGAUGUUCGGAGUAGACUUUAGAGCUGAACCGGUUGAUGAUGCCAGUGAUUUGGCUAAUGCUUUGGGGAAUGUGUUGUCUUUGGAUGUGAGUGGUGAUACUAAUAUUACAGUAGAACCUACACAAAGAUCUUCUAAUGCCUCUACUGCAGCUAAUGUUUAGUCUGUUAGGUGAAAUUCCAUGGGUGGGAUUGAUGUUGAAGCACUCCAGAUUGGACGAAAUCAGGAUAAUUUUGAGUCAUGUAACUAAAUAUUUAACUUUGGGGAUGUUUGGAUACGAAUUUAAGAUUUUUUGUGAUAUUUCUAAAUAUGUUAAUUGUGGGAUGUUUGGAUAAGAAUUUGGGACUUUUUAUGAUUCUAAAUAUUUUAAUUAUGAGAUGCUUGGACAA